AUGUCGUCGAGAAAUAACCUCUCGCAUCGGCGCACCCAUAAUUUGCUCUUGAUUUCGAAAUUGCUUAGCCUGCGAGACACAGCUUCCCCGCUGACGCUGAUAUUGGAUUCGUUGGAACAGCCUGCGAAGCCAUUACUGAAAGAAUAUAUACGACGUGGCCAGCUGUCAAAAACACAUAUUACGUUCAUUUCUUUUGAAUCAUUGAAAAAGCCCAACGGUGUGGACUCGUUCAUCUUUGCUCGACGAAAGAAACCGGUCGACUUGGCCAAGGAAGUCGCUGCUGUUGCUCCGUCCUCGUCUAGUGGGCCAGCUCGAAGGCGUCUUAUUAUCGUUGAUGCCGUAAACCCCCUUCUCAGCAAGUCGGAAAUACAUCUUCCGUCCUAUCUGGGCUCCCUUAUUGCCCCAAGCAAUGCAGCAGCACCAACUCAGACGUCAAUGGUCGUGACGUAUCACCACGAUGUCGUCGGAAUCAAAAACCGCCAGCCAUAUGUGCCGUCAGACCUAACAUUGCUAAGUUACCUAGGAACUACUAUCCUUACCAUCCACUCUCUGUCCCACAUCCUCGCGCAGAAAGAUGCCCGGGAUCGAAGUCUUGCAGCCCCGGUCUUUGGGCUGGAAGAAGAGCAAGAAGGGGUCCUUGUAGGCAGGCACGACCAGGAGCAUUCAGGGGGCAUUGUGAUUGAAAUGGAGCAUCGACGCAAGAGCGGCCGCGGGGUUGUGGAGUGGUAUUUCUUGCCUCCAGCGAGCUCCUACCAGCCCCAAGAGCUGAGGGAGGUUGUUACGCUGCUAGAAGACCACCCGUUGUAUCAACGCCCUGAGGACGACGUACCGCUAGAGGAGGAGCCGGGUUCUACGUUUGAGUUGAAACUUACCGAGCGUCAGCGCCGUGACAGAGAAGGCGUCGUUUUGCCUUAUUUUGAUGCGCAAAAAGGCGACGGUCCGGGAGAAGGAGGACGGAUCUUGUAUGAUAUGGGAGAAGAAGACGAUUUUGACGAAGAGGAGGACGAAAUUUGA